AGUAAGUAUAUUUUGAUCCCAUUAUAAAAGUCUGAAAGAGAACUACAAAAGAUUUUAGUUUGUCUAUAGAUUACCACAAUUUUUUAAAUUAGUGCAAUGUCUAAAACGAUCGUUAUUUUAGCUUUAGUGUGCUAUUUUGUUGCACAUGUCCAAUGUGAACCUGAUGUCAAUUGUCCGGAUCCUGCAAAUCCGGGAUUACUGUUGUUUAGCCAACAGGUCUCAACGAUAUUUCGGGACCAUAUAAGUGAACAUAUUCCUUCGAGUGGUACAUUGAAUACAGGCAUUUCGUGUUUGGUGCUUACCAGCGAUAAUAAUACCUCAAUAGAGGUAGUUGCGGGAGGAGUUGGAUUCAAGUAUGUCAAAAUUGAAGUUUUCUCAUUAAAUUGGUUGCAAAGAUCAAACUAUGGAAUUGAAAUUUAUGUUUUACAGCCAGAUGUUAAAUUGCCUUAAAUAACAACCUAAAAUAUUUUAAUAAAAAAUUGGUAGCAUUUCAUUUAAUAUUUUCAAAUUUAUCAAAUUAAUAGACUUAAAUCUAUGAAACAUACCUAUGGAUGUAGUUGUCGAGGUACUUUAUGUAAAUAAAUAAAUUAUCUAUGAAAUAUU